CGUCGAAGAUUUGCGUGUGCGCUAUCAUUUGAGCUUGUCUUUUGGGGCAGGAGCACUUGUGGAUAAGUUCUUGAAGCAAAAAUGGCUCAGAAUAAUCAGGGAAUCCAGCAUCUGCUGCAGGCUGAGAAGAAGGCAUCAGAAAAGGUCACUGAGGCCAGGAAAAGGAAGCAGCGGCGUCUAAAGCAGGCCAAGGAGGAGGCCCAGGCCGAGAUUGAACGCAUCCACAAGGAGAAGGAUGCGAACUUCCGCGCCGUUGAGUCCGCGACACUGGGUGACAAGGACAAGAUGGCGGCGCAGAUUGACGCGGAAACCAAGAGAAAACUGCAGGAGAUGGACAUCCAGGUGACAAACCACAAACAGACGGUGGUGCAGCAGCUGCUGCGGAUGGUGUACGAGAUCGAGCCGGAGAUGCAUCCCAACUGCCGUCCGGAGAAGAUCGGGGCUUAGGCCUGCGUGUCGCUGACGUAGAGCCGCCCCGCGCCGCGUCUGCCCUGCCGCCGCGCCCGGGCCGCCCCGAACACGCUGGUGUGGAGCGGCGCGCUCGUCUCCCCGUUCUGUCUGGGCGCGCGGCCCUGCCGGCACUGGCUCGCGCCCGCCCAUCUUCGCCCGCUGUCGGCUUCGAGUCACCGCUGUGAAGCCGACCCCCUCCGUAAGAUCUGUACCCGUCGAUCUGCCUCGCUAGAAAGCUGAAUCUGUUGACUCUGAGUCUUUGAAUCUUUACCGUGGAUCUUGUGCGCGGAUGCCUCUGAGUGCUGAUGUGCUUCGUCUGGCAUGGUGUCAACAUUCCCGUGGUGUGUGUUGCCACCUGGUGUAACUAGUGACAGUAGCGAGCUGGUUUGUGCGCGCGCGCAAUCUGCGGAACGUAAGCUGGGCGUCUCAUAGGCCAUUGUUGGAACAGUAUAUAUGUGGAUAAUACACAGACGGUGAACGUAAAGCAA